CUAACAGACCCUGCCCAUGUCAAUUCCGACCAACAUUUCAGAGACGCUCAAAUCGACACCAGCUAACUUAAUCUAUUAUUCUCUACUCGGUGUUUUCGAGAGAAAAAAAAGACGCCCUUUUGGCUGACGGUCCUUUUCUUUCAAGACUUCCUCACAGCGCCGCCGCAUCAAAACGGGGGAAAUUUCAUACACUCCGCCAAUUCGAGGCACGAAAUCAAACCACCGCUCUCAGAUCAUAGAAGUGGCUUCCAAGUGUCGGCAGCAUGCCUGCCGCCACGGAUGGACCGACAGUUGCGCUGUCCUUCGCCAACAACUUCUGGGGUAAAGAGGAUGCGGGCGUCAGCCCCCUCCUCGAUCGCAUGCUUGCGGCAAAGCAGACAAGCGACGAACUACGAUCUUUCUACAACGCUCGAGCAUCUAUCGAAGAUGAAUAUGCGCGCAAGCUUUUGUCGUUGAGUCGGAAGUCGCUGGGGUCGCAAGAGAUGGGCACAUUGAAGACAUCACUGGAUACUGUACGAGGCGAAGUGGAGUCCAUGGCCAAACAGCACGCCAGCAUAGCGGCGCAGAUGAAGACGGAGCUCGAGGAACCAUUGGCUGCUUUCGCUGGCGGCAUGAAGGAGCGACGUAAGAUCGUCCAGAACACCGUUGAGAAACUGCUCAAGACCAAAGUCCAACAGACACAGGUCGUCAACAAGACACGCGAUCGCUACGAGCAAGAAUGUCUGAAGAUCAAGGGUUAUCUUGCACAAGGACACAUGGUUAUGGGCCAAGAAGAACGGAAGAACAAGGCCAAGCUUGAGAAGACACAAAUCAGCUUAGCCACAUCCAAUGCCGAGUACGAGAAUGCCGUCAAGGCUCUAGAAGACACGACAGCACGAUGGAAUCGCGAAUGGAAAGCAGCAGCCGACAAGUUCCAGGACUUGGAAGAGGAGAGACUGGACUUCAGCAAGAGCUCUCUCUGGACAUUUGCCAACAUUGCGUCGACCGUGUGCGUUAGCGACGACUCGUCAUGUGAGAAAAUUCGCCUAUCCCUCGAAAAGUUGGAGGUGGAAAAGGACAUUCUCACCUUCAUCAAGGAGAGGGGAACCGGCCAGGAAAUUCCGGACCCACCCAAGUAUAUCAAUUUCUGCCGGGGCGACGUGGAGGACCACGAAUCGAUAGCGUCCGUGGACGAUGAGAGCUAUUCUGUCGCACAAUUUCCGCGCAGCAUAAAUCCAGCAUUUCGAAGCUCUUCACCCCAACCUUCCACUUACGAGUCUCACCACGACCCCAACUCGACGCUCGCCCGCGAUUUGGCCCACCAGGCCCACCAAGAGCCGGAACCCUUAGCGAGCAGAGAUGCUACUGUGACUCCACAGAAGGGGCCAGGAGCCGUCAUACCACCGUCUGGUAGUCGCAGUGGAAAUGGAUUGCAACAACAGCAGUACGAUGCCACCCAGUUCGCAGCCGUCCCGCAUGACCCAUAUCCGCUGGACGGAAUGACUAUGCUGUGUCGUACCGAUGCCAUGCCACCUGGCGUGAACUCUGGUUUGCCGUCCGGGAUGAAUUCUAGUAAACCCCCGAGUGCGAGUUCUGGUAGGAACGCGGGCAUGUCCCUUACCAGGAACUCGGACAUGCCCUCUGCUAGGAACUCAGGCAUGAACUCGAGCAUGAACGGCGGCAUGCACUCUGGUAUGAAAGAUGCCAUGGUCUCUGACCUCAACUCUGGCAUGACCUUGGGCAUGAAUUCGGGCAUGAACUCGGCAACAAGCUCCAAUUUGUCAGCGCGACCAUCGAGCCGUGAGGACAACAUCAGCGAAUAUGCGACCUCGCUCUCUAGUGUGGAGCCAGCAAGCGGCAAAGUGUCUCCGAUCAAACAUCAGCAGCCCGUAAUUGAGGCCCAGUCUGACAAGCGUGUUUUUAAGAAGAAGAGUGGCUUCUUUCAAAACCACAGCCCCUUCCGCCGCAAAAGCACCAAAGAGAUCCAGGCCUCUAAUCGAAACACUUGGGGCCCGGUCACUUCGAAAACCUCCCAAGGUGGAGGCCAAAGUGGAGGGUCUGGUUCACGUCGGCCACAAAUCUAUCGGCCUCCAGAGCAGAAGAUGUUGCCUGAUCGAACGACCGGCAGCCCCGAGCCCAUCGACGCAAACGCCAGUUUAGCUCUCAACGUUGGACAGAACGUCUUCCCAGUGUCGAAUCCGGACAGACAAAAACAGGCGAAUGGCCAGGAUGAAACACCGCAAGAAGACCUGGAUCCGAUUGCAUUGGCACUUGCGGAGCUUAAGGGGGUAGCCGGCAACAAGCAGGCAACGUCGCGAAUGUCAGCCGAUCACUAUCAUGGCAUUGCAACACCGGCACCUGGUCAGGACCGCUCCCAGUUUUCUCGAUCGGUGGCAGCUGCACGGGCCAAUGGCGACUUGGUAGCAGCAAAGCGUGGUACGCCGCCACCAUCCUACGAUCAACAGAUACAGGCGUUACAGCCCAUUCAGCCAGUACAGCCGGCCCAGCCGGUUCAACGCUUAGGGGUGCCGGCUGCUGCCGUCACUUCCAAGGCCAUGAAAGAGACUUCACGAAAAUACGCCGAACAAACUCGUGAUAUGUUCAACCCUAAUCGUCCCAACUCGGGUGGUUAUGCUGGCAGUCAGCAUUCUACUCGUCCUCAGGUUCGUCCCGGAACGAGAGGCAGUGACAUGCCUCGAGCCGCGUCUCCAGCGCCGCCACGUAGUGCUUCACCAUUGCCUACAAAGAAUGCCGACCCGCACCAGAAUCACCGGUCUGCAUCGCCCAACCCGUAUGUAGGCAGAGCUGAGCCGCCUCCACAGAGCCACCGUUCGGUAUCUCCCAAUCCGUACGCAGGCGGCCAUCAACGUAGUGAGUCUCAAAUGGGAAGGACUCCGCCGCAGCGUGGCUCGGACCGAGGUUCCUACAGGCAGAACUCGCCGAAUGACGCGGCCAGGGCAGCUUCGCCGUCACCUUUUAGAAACGAAUAUGAACGUCCAGGAAGCAGUCAUACGAUCAACGAAAUGGCAAUGCAGCUGGCACCUGUAGGCGAUGAUCGUGGCUACGGAUCAAUGCGUAGCCGUAAUGGCAGACCAGGCACAAGCCAAGGAGGGGCGAUGGGCCUUUAUGAUGGUAGACAAAUGUCCGUCUCGAGCCGGCAGCGAAGCAAAAGCGUUGCAGACCCUAGCCGGCAAUAUACCCCUGAUGGACGGGCUAUUCUGCAUUAUGCACGCGCCCUGUACAUGUACCAGGCUGCCAUUCCCGAGGAGCUAGGUUUCAACAAGGGAGACACGUUAGCUGUGCUCCGACAUCAAGAUGAUGGGUGGUGGGAAGCCGAGAUACACGCGGGCAACGGUGUUGGGAGAAACGGUCUUGUUCCCAGCAACUACCUGCAGCCUUGCUAAAUGAUUUUACGACGGUUGCGAUAUACUGGGGCAGCCUUGUUGCCUGUGUCAGAUAUGAAAAGAUGACAUGCAGUCAACUAGACCAUGGAGAGAGCAAGCGGACUGUUUUUGAUUCUUUGCGUUUUUCUGUGGAAGAACCGCAACGCAUGUAAGUCACAUUGGGUUCAGGGUCGGUCAAAGGAUGGAGUCAAUAGGAAUGUAUUUAUGAUGUUAUAAAGCGUUGAACUGAAGACGAUGAAGCGGUUCUCGGGCGAUGAUUAUCUGCCCUUCAAUAUCCUGUUUGUUCAGCCAGUUUGGUCCAUGGCUUGAAGCUGUCAAGUUAUUGGAAUGACU